UCUCGAGUGGCUGUGGAAUCUGCGAGUCGGCCUGGGCGCCGCUUUCCGUGCGACUCUUGGGAAGCGAAUAGGAACGGACGGUAAUAAGGCUGGGGCCUCCGUCCGCGCCCUUAGGACGAUCCAUGGUCGCCGCCGUGGGACGGGCCGCCUAGCGCGGAGCAGUGGGCUGGGGCUGUACUCCUUCCCAGGCCUUCGCGCUCGCUCUCCGUCCUCGUUCGCUUCCGGAGGCGGCACCCGGAGCCUGUGCGCCGUUUUGGACCACGAGGAAGCCAAGGCUCCGAGCUCGACCAUCGUCCAGGGCCCACCGCACCCGAGGGGGUGUGCGCGUCCCGCUGCUCCCACUGCAGUCGCGUUUCUCGACCUGGUUCUACUCACAGGACCCCAUGGCGGCUGCGGCGCUAACGAACUGGGCUCAGGGUGGUGUGACCUUUGAGGAUGUGUUCGUGUACUUCUCCCGGGAGGAGUGGGAGCUGCUGGAGGAAGCUCAGAAACUCCUGUACCGCGAUGUGAUGCUGGAGAACUUUGCACACGUGGCCGCCUUGGGUUGUUGGUGUGAAGCAGACAAUGAGGAGGCCCCUUCCGAGCACAGUGUUUGUGUAGAAGGAGUGUCAGAGGUUAGGACUCCUGGGUCCUGUCCACUUAUCCAGAAAGUCCAUCCAUGUGAGAGAAGUGACCCGCUCUUAAAAGACAUUUUCCACCUGGCUGAACACCAGGGUUCCUGCCCUGCACAGAACCUGGACACACGUGACCCCUGUGGGCAAGGAUUCCUGCUGAGUGAAAACUUUAAUCAGCACCAGAAACCACAUAGUGGGAAUGAUCCCGUCCAGGGGGAUGGUGAUGAGGCCUCAUGUGUGAAGAGCUGUGCCGUCUCUGAGUUAGGAAGACCUUUUAUUUGCAGGGGGAAAGGGAUGGACAUGCUGGAUAGCUCUAGCCUUUUCCAGCACCAGAGCACUCACAGUGGACUGAGUCCACACAGAAUAGCUGAGUUUGUGGAAUCAUUUGCACACAAGUCCAGUCUCAGUUGUCACCAGGGAGACAGUGAUGAACUGAUGUUUCUCAAUUGCACUGAUGAUGAGAAAGCCUUCAUGAACGCCUUCACUCUCCUCGACAACCAGAUAACUCAGGCGGUUGAAGUGCGAUCCCUUAGAUGCCUACCUUGUGGAAAUCUGUCCAAGGAGAAAUCCGCUCUUAUUCAUCACAGAAAACUUCAUGGUGGGAAAACAUCACAUGUGUGUAAGGAGUGUGGAGAGGCCUUCAUUCACUCGUCUCACCUAAAAAGUCACCAGAAAUUUCACACUGGCAAAAGACAAUAUACGUGCAGUGAAUGUGGCAAGGCCUUCAGCCGCAAAGACACACUUGUGCAGCACCAGAGAGUUCACACUGGAGAAAGGGCUUAUGACUGCACUGAAUGUGGAAAAGCCUACAGCAGAAGCUCCCACCUUGUGCAGCACCAGAGAAUUCACACCGGAGAAAGGCCUUAUAAGUGCAGUGAAUGUGGGAAGGCCUUCAGUCGUAAAGACACACUUGUGCAGCACCAGAGAUUUCACACAGGGGAAAGGCCUUAUGAGUGCAGUGAAUGUGGAAAAUUCUUUAGCCAAAGCUCUCACCUUAUUGAGCAUUGGAGAAUUCACACCGGGGCGAGGCCUUAUGAGUGCAUUGAAUGUGGAAAAUUCUUUAGCCAUAACUCCAGCCUCAUUAAACAUAGGAGAGUCCACACAGGAGCAAAGUCUUAUGUGUGUGGCAAAUGUGGGAAGGCUUUUGGCUGCAAGGACACACUUGUUCAGCACCAGAUAAUUCACACUGGCGCACGGCCUUAUGAGUGCAGUGAGUGUGGAAAGGCCUUUAGCCGUAAAGAUACACUUGUGCAGCACCGGAAAAUCCACACUGGAGAAAGGCCUUAUGAGUGCAAUGACUGUGGAAAAUUCUUUAGCCAUAGCUCCAACCUCAUUGUGCACCAGAGAAUUCACACUGGAGCAAAGCCUUAUGAAUGCAGUGAAUGUGGGAAAUGCUUUAGCCACAAUUCCAGCCUCAUUCUACACCAGAGAGUUCACAGUGGAGCAAGGCCCUAUGUGUGUAGUGAAUGUGGAAAAGCUUACAUUAGUAGCUCCCACCUUGUUCAACACAAGAAAGUUCACACUGGAGCGAGACCUUAUAAAUGCAGUGAAUGUGGGAAAUUCUUUAGCCGCAACUCUAGCCUCAUUCUACACCAGAGAGUUCACACUGGAGAAAAGCCUUAUGUGUGCAAUGAAUGUGGGAAGGCCUAUAGCAGAAGCUCCCAUCUUGUUCGGCACCAGAAAGCUCACCCUGGAGAAGGACCUCAUGAAUGCAACAGUUUUGGUGACCCUUUAGCUGCAUCCCUUAAACUUGUUUAACGCCCAGAAACUUCACACGGGAGAAAGGCCUUAUGAAUGGAGUCACUGUGCUGUGUCCCUGUUCAAGAUUAUAGGAGUCACACCAGCAAAGGUGGGAAUCAUCGUUGGUACAGAGGCACUGAGCUAGUGGAAUGGGGAUGACUGAGGCUCAGGAGAGGAUGGGUGUCUGUUCUUAAGGUGGCGUCUCUAUAUGUCUGCGAUUUUGGCUCUGUGGCAUGAAAUUAUACAGAAAUUCUCAGGGCCUUCACAUCUCCGAGUCUCCUGUGGCCACCACACUGCCUCAGUAAAUAAAGGUCUGUGGAUUGCUGUACCUCCCUGGGCUGCUGGUGUUCCGGCCGUCACUGCACAGGCAGGAGCCCCAGCAGUGACAGCAGAGAGACCAGGGCUCGGGCUUCUCUGACCAGCCAGCGCCCCUCGUGACUGAGGUGGGCGUGAACUUCGUUGCUCUGCAGUUUUUGCUGAUCCUGAGGCAGGGCUUAUGCUCCUAAAUUGUGUAGAGAGGGAUAGAGUAGAACCAGAACAGCUGGCAGAUGGGACUUUCCAAGAAGAAUGGUAAAUAUGGAUAUUUAUGGGGAAUAUUUAGUUCUUAACAUCUGUUGAGGUAUGAUGACAUGAAAUAAAUGGCAUGUAUGUAAAGUGUAAAAUGUCUUAUGUUUCAGCAUGUGUAUGUACUGACGAGACCACACAUCAAGAUAAUGGAGAUAUCCAGCACAGCCAAGAGAUUCCUUGGGUCCCUUUAUAAUCCUCCUCCUUGUCCUUUCUAACCCCCCCUUUCCCACAACUCACAUUUAGUAGCAAGCAUAUUCUAGAAUUUCAUAUAAACAGAAUUAUAUACUUUGUGGAGAGUGGGGACUCUGGCACUUUUCACCAACCAUAACUUUUUUGACAUAAGCCAUAGUAUUGCAUGUAUCAGUUAUUCAUUUGUAUUGUUGAGUACUAUUCCAUUGUAUGGAUA